GGGAGCGGGGUCAGCGGGGCGCCGGCCCGGGGCGCUGCGGGCCUCUCCCCGCGGCGCUCUGCGAGAAUGGAACAGCCCGGUUCCGCCCUAGCCCGGGUCCCUGCCUGUCGCUACCCUGCAGUUCCGUGCGGCGCAUCCAUCUCGAGUGCGGAGACACCUUGACGUUGACGGGACUAGACAUGGCGGGGUGGGGUGCCAGCGCGGCAGCGCCCCGUUUUCACGCGAGAGGGUGCCUGUCACCGCCUCACUUGACAGGAGACAGUCGAAGCUGUGACCAUGCGGGCAGCUCGGCUGGGGUGGCAUUGUGGUAACAACUACAUGCCCUUAGGAAAAUUUCCUAACACCUAGCGGCGCUUACGCCUUCU